UGGGGAAUCGGGGGAAUGUCGUCGACGGGACGGCCGACGCUGAUAACGUGCACCAUCCGCGGCAUCAGCAGUGCGCCGUGCCGUGGUGAUGUGUGACGGACAGAGAGAUGAUAAAUAGAAGCGCGCGCGCGUGUGUCUGCCUGCGCGAGUACAGUGAGCAACGUGCGAGCGACGAUAAAUAGACAGCAGACAUAUACAUUAUAUAUAGUGCACAUAUAGUGUGUGUAUGUGUAUAUAAAGCAUGUGCCAUUUCGUUGUCCGUAGAUUGCGUUCGAUAAGACUGUGAGACUUGGCCCCCCGCGCCCCGCUAUGGAUCGUUGGCCCGCCGUAUCCGUGACCGUGCUGCUUUCGUCGCGCAUCGAAUUCGCGGCUGCGAGAACGUCGCGUUGAAAACCGCCGUCGCCGCCGUAGGAGGAAGAGGAGGAGGAGGAGCUGGUGGUGGUGGUGGAGAAGAAGAAGAAGACGACAAACGACGAGACGACGACGAAGUGGAGGAGGAAGAGGGCAGUAGGAGAGAACGAGAGGGGAGUUCGCGACAGAAACGGAGGGAACUCGCGAGGAGGAGGCUCUCUCGUUUGGAGGACGGCGCUCGCUGCGUACGAUCUCCGCGUUAACGCGCUUUUCUGCCCGCGAAAGCGCGCGCGAGGGAGAGAAGCAGAAAGAGAGUGAGAGGACCGCGGACAAAGGGGACGAGAGAGACGGACACCGAGAGCGGCUAGCGGCUUUAUCAUGUUGUACGUGGAAGUGGUGGCAUCGCGGGAUCGCGGGUCGCGGCGGUAGUCGCAUCGUUGUCUUCGUCGGCGACGCGUAAUGCUGCCGCGGCGGGAGGGGCGGACAUAGGGAGGAAGGAAGGACGCGCGAACGGGUUAUACGCGUGUAACUCGGCCUCUCGUGCCGGACGAGAGCGGAGUGAGCGAGAGUGCGUGCGUGCGAGCGAGCGAGAAGAAGAGAGAGAGAGAAAAGAUAGAAAGAGAACGACCGAGGAGGGGGCCUCGUAGCGCGGGUUAGAAUACCCCGUUCGGCACGGAGAGGAUGGACCCGUGUCUGUCUCGCGGCGCGACACGUCGAUCCGCGAGCGAGCGCGAGGAACGUGGUGGAGGCCACGCUACGACGACGACGACGGCGACGCGCUGGGACCGAGUAACAUGGAAGUGGAAUCGCGAGGAAGCCGAGUUGUUGUCGCGCCAGUUGUCGUGCUAGUGCCCGGUCCUGCUGCCUUGACAUCCGCGACAUAAAUAAAUUUUGCCGGAUGGUCCAAGUGUAAUACGGAAUAUAUUGUGUACAUCAACACUACGUAAAUACAAAGCGAUAAUCGAAUGUGCUGAGAGAGAUCCGUCACCGUGCAGCGUGUGUGUCGGAGCAUACGGUUGGAGUGGCGGCGGUGAUAUCGUUGCCCGCGCUCUCGUGCUCCGUUUCUCUUCCUCUGGGGGGAACCACGCUUCUCGGAUACGCGGGCACAAUGGAGACGCUAUUGCCCGGCAGUACCGCCGCCGGCCAGUCGUACAGUCCGCAGUUGAAGACCGUCCUCAAGACCUAUCAGCUGUCGGCCGUCAAGAGCCUGCAGGGUCCCAGCUCGGCCCUGCUGGGCAUGGACUGUAAGGCCCUGCUGCACGAGCAACAGUCGGCGACCUCGUGUUUCUCGCCGCCCGCUGUCAGUCGUCAGGCGGCGGCCAACUGCGGCCUGGAGUCACCCGUGGAGUCGCAACCGCCCAAGAGCUUAGUCGAGAAGGAGGUUCGCGAGACGUUGGCGGCGGCGCGCACGUUGACGCCCGUCCCGAAGGCGCCCCGCUCGUUGGAGGACUCGGACGAGGACCGUCCCGCGGCGGCGGCGGCUGCGGCGGCCGACCGUCCGAAGAUCGGCUGCGAGAAGCGCGAGCUCGAGUUUCAGAUACCGAUACUCACGGCGCCGGAUCAGAGCUGCUCCGAGAGGUGCGAGACGAUCCUCGAGGGCGAGAGGAUCUCGUGCUUCGUGGUGGGCGGCGAGAGGAGAUUGUGCCUGCCGCAGAUACUGAACACGGUGCUGCAGGACUUCUCCCUGCAGCAGAUCAAUCAGGUGUGCGACGAGCUCCAGAUCUAUUGUUCGCGCUGCACCCGGGAUCAGCUCGAGGAGCUCAAGCACUCGGGCAUCCUGCCGCGCAACGCCCCGUCCUGCGGUCUCAUCACCCAAACCGACGCCGAGAGGCUCGUCAGUGCUCUGCUGUUACGGACAGAGUCCUGCGAUCCCACCCAGAUCGGCCCGGCGGCGCCGGACUGUCUCGAUAAGAAAACGUGUAAGAACGAGGAAGAGGAGGAGACGAUUGUUAAGUUCAAAGUGUAUCACGAAUGUUUCGGCAAGUGCAAGGGCAUUUUCGAUCCGAAGCUAUUCGAGACGGACGACUCUGUGUGCAUCGAGUGUCUGGAGUGUGGCUAUCAGUUUUCUCCCCAACGCUUCGUGAGACACGCUCACAGAUCUCUGGAGAACCGCACCUGCCACUGGGGUUUUGAUUCCGCCAACUGGCGGUCGUAUCUGUUGCUCUCCCGCGAUCAACAACACUACAACAAAUCGCUCAGCCUUUUUCGGGAGCUGAAGGAGAGGCAUCUUGUGUUGAACUCCAAGCGAAAGCUAGAGCUGCGACAUGAGCACGAGAGAUUGAUUAAGCGCACAAAGAAGGACAUGGGGAAGGACGACUGUGCUGGAAUCUACAAUGGCAACGGUUUGGCGAUGUACCAUCCUGUAUCCCAAAUCGCCACUGAUUCCUACUUGCAGAUGCAAUGGGCGGUUUUCGAGCUCGCUGCCAGAGGCGCAGCUUUUCAACCUUGGAAUGCUACGGGCAAUUGCAAGCACAGGGACAAUUCAUCGUUGGUGCCUGCUUAUCUCAGUCGAGGUCCGCCCGUACUGCAGCAUCCCGAGCGAGUCAUCCCGCUUUCGGAGUGUGAGCGUUUCGAGCCGCAUUUCCAACCUAAUGUGGCGUUGGCGCCUAUACCGGCACCCGCACAAAUAAGUCAGAUACCGCCACCCUCGUCUGUUCAUCAGCAACGACGGCAUCAUCACGAACAUCGUCGUCACAGUCAUCGCUCUUCGAGUCCCACGUGUGAAAAACAGGAGCUGUUGUCGUCCGCCAGUGUUAAGAUAGAGAAAACGUCGCCGAGUCAAGCGCCGGCUAUUGGUUCUUAUCCUCUGUACUAUAUGUCUGAUGAAAAUAAGAAGGAGGCGGCGCUGCCAAAGGACAGAAAGGAGAAGGAAGGCGAGGAGGAGGAGAGCAGCGCGGCGGUGACAUCGUCUACUGUAAGCGUGGAACCUACACCGCUGGCGGCUUCCUCCGAAGUCGGCACCUCCUCGCCAUCGGAAAGCGAUUCCGACAUGGAUGGUACCGUAGCGGCGGAUCUCGAGGAACGUUUGAAGGCACUGGACGUACCGCAGGACGUGAUAGAGCUGGCGCAUCGCGUGGCGUUGCAGAACGCGCAGCUGCGACAUCAUCGGCGAUCGAAUGCUCGUGAAAUCUCGAAGCUACGCAGUCAACUGCACAUGCAGAAAUUACAGCAGCAGCAGCAGCAACAGGAAUCCACUGCCGUCGUCGUCGACGAUGAAAGUCAAGACAAGAAGGAGGAUGCGACAGGGACGAUGGCGACGGCGCCGCGUUCCAGCGCGGCCGACAGCACCGAGGGCGGCAACGAGGAGACUGACGCUGCUGCGAGUUUACCAUCGAACAAUAAAGAGUCUAAGCCCGCCAGCGUAGCGACCAAUAACGAGUCGGAUCAGUGAUUAGGAUAACGCGGAAGUUAUUUAACACACAUACACCCACAACUGCUCAGCGAUUACCGCGACAACGCUCAUCCGUUGGCCGAAUAAGCAUGCACUGAGUUUAGUUACGUUAGGUACAUAUAUAUAUAUACAUAUAUAUUUACGAUUCUAAACUAAACAAUAAACUGUCUAGGUUUAUGUGAUACGCGACAAGCCUUUAAACGUUAUCGCAAAUAGUUCGGAGUUUUUACUAGGUAAGUAAAACACGUGCUGUCCAACUCAAAACAUCGGGCUGAUGGAGUCCUCGCGCUUCAUACUCAUAUCUCGUGAAAUUCGAACCGAGCGACCGACCAACCACUGUCAGCGACGAUAGCUUGCCUUCCAUGUCUGUCGAUAGCUACGCGCGAUACGUCCACUUCCUGUUUGCAUUUUAGCGUUCCGCGGAUAACGAAAAAAAAAAAAAAA